AUGUCUCUUACAGUAUAUGCUUUCUUUGCAUUGUUGACCUGUGUUUAUUGGUUGGCGUCUCUCUUCGUUCUUCUUCUACGAAUUGGCGAUCCCCACUUUCGUAGUAUGGCACAAUACGGUGGACGCCAAACAUCGUCAUCAUCAACAUCAUUAGCAGUAUCAUCAUCAGGAAAGCAAUUAACAAGUAAUAUCGUUAAGGAAGAAAAUAAAUUUUCUUAUUUUAUGAAUUAUAUUAAAAAUACAUGGAUACUACGGAGGAUUCGUGAAAAUGUUACUACCAUUCUUAUAUGGUUAGAAGGUUCAUUUUUGGGUCAAAUGCGGGUAAGUCGGAAAUAUAGCUUUUGCGCUUUUUACAUUACAGGUAUUGUAUCUAGUUUAACACUCUUAUUCCUUGAGUACUUUCAACUUUAUUUGAGUAGUAUAAUAAUAAGUACCUCUUGUUCUGAACAAGUUUUAAAAAAUACAUUAUGGCCAUAUGAUUUAUUACCUUUAGUGGCCUUUCUUAUUCAUUGUACUGUGCGGUUGUGGGAGUGUUUAUUUGUUCAUCGAUUUCGAAAUGGAAAAGGUGAUUCAGUAACAUUAUUUGCUGCUUUUGCAGGGUGUUCCUUUUACGUAUUUGCGGCCAAUUCCAGUAGUGCUAUUAUUUUUCGUGCUGUACAAAUUGAAUGGUUAUCCUCUCAUGAAUGUAAAGGAUUCGAGUUAUCUGGAAACGUCUAUGAUUUUAAGUUUUCUGUUAUGAUUAUUGUAAUUUGUUUUGUUCUUCAUUUAAUUCUUCAGGGAGUGCAGGUGCUUCAUCAUCGUAUUUUGGCAAAAUUACGUAAUGAAUCUUCUACUUUAAUCAAAUCUCAUGAAAAGAAUGUCAUAAUGAAGCAUGAAAAAGUAAUACAUAAUAAAGAUAUGCUUAACCAAGAAAGAAAAGGUACAUCAGGUUCUAUGUAUCAUUUUCCCUAUACGUCUCUUUUUGUUUACGUACUGGAACCACAUUACACAUGUGAGAUUGUAAUGUAUCUUGUUAACACUAUUAGUAUAUGGAGUCUACUCUAUCCUAGCACACCUCUGUUAUUAAUGACAGCAUGUGAAGGGGAAGGGGAUUGUCAUGUUUCGCUAAUGUUAUUAUUGGUUUUUAUUUCUCUUUUGUUAAAUUAUGUGGCUCCUCUAGGCGUACUAUUGUUCUCACUAUGCAAUCUUGCUAUCACCGCCUCUGAACACCGUCGUUUUUGGAAUCAUGUGAAUAGGGAGCGGGAGAAGAAGGAACAGCUCCCUCGAUGGGAUUUAUUCUAUCUUCUUUGGUGA